CAGUCGUCUUCUCCUCCCAUUUCUUCCUCAAAUCUCUCAUUUCGCGUCAAUGAAAUUUUAAACCUUUGAAUUUGUUUAUUGUAUUCUCAAUUUCUCGAAAGUUUUCAUUUUUACUUUAUGUGGAAUCCAACUAUGUUUAGAUUGAGAAGCAUCUUGUCGCUGAAAAGUUCUGGGAUUGUAGAAUUGUCAUUACCAAAUGCCACAGAAGCAAUUCGUUUCGCUCCAUUUCAUUCGACGAGUGUUCUGUCUGAGAAAUCGAGGAAUAACUCUGGUUCCGGUAGGGAUUCUGAAGGUGAACGAUCUUCAAAGAACUCCUCCAUAAGAUUCACAUGUACUGUAAAGGAGAAGGGACGCACUAGCGCUAAAAAGACUGUAGACAAACUCCUCUUCCACAGAGGAAUUAAUGAUCCACUUCAGAAUGAGUGGCAUUUCGGGCCAAAUCCGCUUAUCCGGGAAAGGCAUAUGAAGAAAAAACCUCCACCUGGCCGGGGCAAGAAGCCUCGGGAUAAGAAAACAAAAAGAUGGCACAGAGAAGGAAAUCCUGACGAUGAAUUUGGCACUGAAGCUAAUAAUGCUUUCGAGAACAAAUGGAGAGAAAAGUGGACAAGUCAAUCUCAGAAUACCUCAAAUUCGAGAGACUCGACAUCAGGAUUUGAAUGGAGAGAAGGCUGGAGCUGGACCAGUCAAUCUCAAAGGAGCAAAAGUUGGAAUAAUGAGUCUCUUGAUGAACCUUUGAAUGUUGGGUCUCGGUCUGAAAGGACUGUUCUUGGAUUGCCUCUAGAUGGUCCCCUCAAAAUUGAUGAUGUUAAGAAUGCCUUCCGGUCUUCGGCUUUGAAGUGGCAUCCGGAUAAGCACCAGGGGCCUUCUCAGGCUGCAGCGCAAGAGAAGUUUAAACUCUGCGUUGAUGCAUACAAGUCGCUAUGUUCUGCACUUUCUUGACUUUACACAUAGGCAUUGAUGAUGCACCAUUGUAGCAUUAGUUGAUAAGAUUUUGCUUCUCAAAGGAUUUCCAGAGAAUCCACCAGUUAUACACCAUUGUGUCUCUCUCAUUCUUUUCCAGCAUUUGACAAUAGAAACAAUAUACUAUGAGAAAGAUUUAUGUUUUUGCGCA